GAUGGCUGCGGGGUCUCGCGCCGCCGCACGGUCCCCACGAGGCGAGCGACCCUCGGGUUCUUGGGCGGCGGCGGCGGCUGCAACGAGGAUAAGGAGGGCGGCGCGGAAGCCGGGACAGUGUGGUCGGCAGCGGCCGCCCGAGCCGUGAGGAAGAAGAGGCUGUGGCAGCGACGCCUGCGUCCUGCGCGUACCCCCUCUCCGCGCAGCCGGCCCCCUCCUCCGCGGCGGCGCGGCCACCAUCUUCCUCUCGCUGCCAGUGGUAGCGCUCGUCGGCGGAGCUGGUUGUUGGUCUUGACGAUAUUAUGGAUGAAGGAGUUGUUAAAGAAAGUGGCAAUGAUACCAUUGAUGAAGAAGAACUGAUUUUACCUAACAGGAAUUUGAGGGACAAAGUAGAAGAAAAUUCAGUGCGAUCACCAAGAAAAUCACCUCGAUUAAUGGCACAAGAACAAGUAAGAAGUUUGCGACAAAGCACUAUUGCCAAGCGUUCAAAUGCAGCACCUUUAAAUAGCACAAAAAAAGCAUCUGGAAAGACUGUAUCUGCUCCUAAAGCAGGGGUGAAACAACCAGAAAGGUGUCAGAUAAAGGAAGAAGUUGAUUCAUCACUGAAACCUGAGCACCAUAAAGAGAGCAGGAGGAGCAGCCGACAUAGUGCACAGACCGAAGUAGCAGUGUCGUCUUGUCUAGAAAUGAAAGAUGAAGCUGGAUUAGAUUCUGAGCACAAGUGUAAUAAUCAGGGAGGAGCAAAUGUACCAUCUCAUGAGUUAAAUUGUCCACUCCUUUCAGAGACUUGUGUUAGUAUUGAAGAAAAGAAAAACGAAGCUCUGAUGGAAUGUAAAACUACGACUGUUAGUAGCCCAUUGUUUAAGUUUUCAGAUAAAGAAGAACAUGAACAGAAUGAUUCCAUUUCAAGUAAAAUGGAUGAGACUGUUGUUGAAGAAACGAAGGCAAAGGUAGAUGGUGAACAAGAAUCAGAGGAGACAGUAAAAUUACCCCCUGAAGAUGACCACACUGUUGAGGAACCUGCGUCUUCUGCUGCUUUUUCUGGUGAUGCUGCUUGUGCAAACCCAAAUAAGACGGAAAACAGCCUUGUAGGUUUGUCUAGUGCUGUGGAUGAAGUACAUGAGUGUAAUAUGGAAUUGAAGAAUACUGUGGAAGUUGCUGACAAAGCUAAGAACUCCCUUCAUGGAAAUGAAAUAGAGCCAUUGAGUUAUUACAAAGACACAGAGUCUAAUGAUCAGCAGUUGGAGGGCACCGAAUUUAAUAAAUCUAACUUAGAGGUGGUUAAUACUAGUGCUUUUGAAUCAGAAAGUAGUAUUUUAGAUAAUGCUAUUUGUGAUGCACCUGACCAGAAUUCAAACCAGUUGAAUAUUGUUGGAAGUAUUAAAAUGGAGUCUCCUGAGACAAGCCUUCAGGAUGACAGAGACAGCCAGUCAAGCAGUGUUUCUUGCUUAGAGUCAAAAAAUGUAAAAUCCAAACAUACAAAACCGAUAAUGCAUUCUAAGCAAAACAUGACCACAGAUACUCAGAAAAAAAUUGUUGUAGCAAAGCAUGAAUUAAUGCAUAACAAAGCUAAAGUCAGUGUCAAAAGUGUGAAGCGAAAUGCUGAUGAGUCUGAAUCUAAGCAGAAUUUUCAAAGGCCUGUCAAAGUGAGAAAAAAACAAGUUGAUUCAAAGAUCCAGAGUUUCAGUUCUGGGGUUAAAUCUGUGAAAAAUGAAGCUCAUUCUAUAUUCAAAAAGACAUCACAGGAUCAAAAUUUAGUUCAGAUUUCAAAACCCUUAACUCACUCUUUCAGUGAUAAGCCUCAUGGUCACCCUGGUUGCACUAAAGAACCUCAUCAUCCUGCACAAACUGGUCAUUUAUUGCAUUCCAGCCAGAAACAGUGCCACAAGCCCCAGCAGCCCGCUCCAGCGGGGAGAACCAAUAGUCAUAUGAAGGAGGAGCUUGAGCAUGCAGGUGGUGUCGAACAUUUUAAGGAAGAGGAUAAACUGAAAUUUAAAAAACCAGAGAAGAACCUACAACCUCGCCAAAGAAGAAGCAGCAGAAGUUUUUCUUUGGAUGAGCCACCAUUGUUCAUUCCAGACAACAUAGCCUCCGUAAAAAGGGAAGGCUCAGAUCAUAGCUCUUCAUUUGAAAGCAAAUAUAUGUGGACUCCCAGCAAGCAGUGUGGGUUUUGCAAAAAACCGCAUGGCAACAGGUUUAUGGUUGGCUGUGGGAGAUGUGAUGACUGGUUUCAUGGCGAUUGUGUUGGGUUAAGUCUUUCUCAAGCACAACAAAUGGGAGAGGAAGACAAAGAAUAUGUCUGUGUGAAAUGUUGUGCUGAAGAAGAUAAAAAGACUGAAAUAGUAGAUCCAGAUAUUUUGGGAAACCAGGCUAAAGCUGAAGUCCAUAGUGAAGAGAAAGCAAUGGAAUACGAAAAGCUUGGGUUACCAAAGCACAGUGUAACAAAUGACAAAACCAAAUAUGUAGAUGACACAGUGAAGCACAAGGUCAAAAUUUUAAAACGGGAUGCUGGUGAAGGCAAAAACUUAUCAGACUGUAGGGACAGUGAAAUCAAAAAAUGGCAACUAGCCCCUCUUCGAAAGAUGGGACAACCAGUUUUACCUCGGAGAUCCUCAGAAGAAAAAAGUGAAAAAAUACCCAAAGAGUCUACAAAUGUUACUUGCACAGGAGAAAAAGCUUCAAAAUCAGGUGCUCAUGAGAAGCAAGAGAUAAAGAAGAAGAAAACUGAAAAGGGGAUGCCUACUGCACACCCUCCGGCUGCUGCUGCUUCCAAGCCCUCUGCAGAUCAGAUCCGACAGAGCGUCAGACAUUCUUUCAAAGAUAUUCUCAUGAAAAGACUUACAGACUCAAAUUUGAAGGUACCAGAGGAAAAGGCAGCCAAAGUUGCCACAAAAAUUGAAAAAGAGCUUUUCUCUUUUUUUCGGGACACAGAUGCUAAAUACAAGAACAAAUAUAGAAGUUUGAUGUUCAAUCUGAAAGAUCCUAAAAACAAUAUAUUAUUUAAAAAAGUGCUGAAAGGAGAAGUAACCCCUGAUCAUCUUAUAAGAAUGAGUCCAGAAGAGCUAGCUUCUAAAGAGUUAGCUGCUUGGAGACGAAGGGAAAACAGACAUACCAUAGAGAUGAUUGAGAAAGAGCAGAGAGAAGUGGAAAGACGACCAAUCACAAAAAUAACUCAUAAAGGUGAGAUAGAAAUUGAGAGUGAUGCUCCAAUGAAAGAACAGGAAGCAGCCCUGGAGAUUCAGGAACCCACAGCUAAUAAGUCAGCGGAGAAGACGGAAGGAUCUGAAAAACAAAAAGAAGAGAUUGACUCCAUGUCUAAAGAUACCACUAGUCAACACAGACAACAUCUUUUUGAUCUUAACUGCAAAAUUUGCAUAGGUCGAAUGGCACCACCAGUUGAUGAUCUUUCUCCAAAAAAAGUGAAAGUUGUUGUUGGAGUAUCUCGUAAACAUUCAGACAAUGAAGCAGAAAGUAUAGCAGAUGCGUUGUCUUCAACCUCAAAUAUUUUGGCUUCGGAAUUCUUUGAAGAGGAGAAACAAGAGUCUCCAAAGUCAACAUUCUCUCCUGCUCCUCGUCCAGAGAUGCCUGGAACUGUUGAAGUUGAGUCUACCUUCCUGGCUCGGUUGAAUUUCAUCUGGAAAGGCUUUAUCAACAUGCCGUCUGUAGCAAAAUUUGUUACCAAAGCCUACCCCGUGUCUGGUUCCCCUGAGUACUUGACAGAGGAUCUACCAGAUAGUAUUCAAGUAGGUGGUAGGAUAUCACCUCAGACAGUUUGGGAUUAUGUGGAAAAAAUUAAAGCCUCAGGAACCAAGGAAAUUUGUGUGGUUCGCUUCACACCUGUGACUGAAGAAGAUCAGAUUUCUUACACUUUGCUGUUUGCGUACUUCAGCAGCAGGAAGCGCUAUGGAGUGGCUGCUAACAACAUGAAGCAGGUUAAAGACAUGUACCUUAUCCCUCUGGGCGCCACGGAUAAAAUCCCACACCCUCUCGUGCCCUUUGAUGGACCUGGGCUUGAACUGCACAGACCUAAUCUGUUGUUGGGUUUAAUUAUUCGUCAAAAACUGAAGCGGCAACACAGCGCUAGUGUUAGCACCAGUCAUGCAGCUGAGACGCCGGAAGGUGUGCCAGUAACAUUGCCGCCUGAUAAGAAAAGUAAGAUAGAAGUUUCCACAGAGGAAGCGCCAGAGGAAGAAAAUGACUUCUUUAAUUCUUUUACAACUGUGUUGCACAAGCAGAGAAAUAAGCCUCAGCAAGCUCUUCAGGAAGACCUUCCCACAGUAAUUGAACCUUUGGUGGAAGUCAGCAAACAGGAGCCACCGAAACCUUUAAGAUUCCUUCCUGGGGUCUUGAUUGGCUGGGAAAAUCAACCUUCUACUCUGGAAUUGGCAAGUAAACCCCUUCCUGUGGAUGAUAUCCUCCAGAGCCUCUUGGGCACUUCUGGUCAAGUGUAUGAACAGGCCCAGGCAGUGAUAGAGCAGAGCACUGCUAAAGAAAUUCCGUUUAUAAAUGAGCAAGCCAACUCCAAAGCGGAGAAAAUAGAUACAGUGGAAGUAACUGAUGGUGAAGCCAAGGAAGUAAAGGUUAAAGGAGAUAAUCUUUCAGAAUCUACAGGUAAUUCGGGGGGAGGAGGAGGAGAAGAAGCAUCAGGAAUGGGGACCUCUUCCGUUUCUCCUGGACCUUUGACAAGUCUUAGCCUCAGAGGUAAACCGCCAGAUGUUUCUACAGAAGCAUUCUUAACAAAUUUAUCAAUUCAGUCAAAACAAGAGGAGACUGGUGAGAGUAAAGACAGAGCAUUAAAAAGACAGCCGCUGCAAGAUCAAGAGAGUAAUUUGCAAGAUAAUCGGACUUCAAAUACUGGUUCUCCCUGCAGGUCUAACGUAGGGAAAGGAAACACAGAUGGUAACGUGAGUUGCAGUGAAAACCUUGUUGCUAAUACAGCAAGGUCCCCGCAGUUCAUCAACCUGAAAAGGGAUCCUAGGCAGGCAGCAGGACGAAGCCAGCAGAUGCCUGCUUCAGAAAGCAAGGAUGGAGACAGCUGCCGGAAUGGGGAGAAACACCCUCUGCCUGGCCUGUCACACAAGGAGCACUUACCAGAACAAGUCAGUGUUGAGGAGAAGUCGCCUUCUGCGGAGAAAAACUCGUGUGUUCAGCAGAGUGAUAGUUCAGGGGUCGCACAGAAUUCACCGUCAGUAGAAAAUACACACACUUCUCAAACGGAGCAAGCAAAGCCCUUACAGGAGGAUAUUUUAAUGCAAAAUAUUGAAACUGUGCACCCAUUUCGAAGAGGAUCAGCAGGGGCAACAUCUCAUUUUGAGGCUGGAAACACAUGUCAAUCAGAGUUUCCUUCUAAAAGCAUCAACUUCACUUCCAGAAGCACCAGCCCCAGAACAAGUGCAAACUUUUCACCCAUCAGGCCCCAGCAGCCCAGCCUUCAGCAUCUCAAGUCUAGUUCCCCUGGAUUUCCAUUUCCAGGACCUCCUAAUUUCCCCCCACAAAGCAUGUUUGGAUUUCCACCACAUUUGCCACCCCCAUUACUUCCUCCUCCAGGCUUUGGUUUUGCUCAAAAUCCCAUGGUUCCCUGGCCACCUGUUGUUCAUCUGACAGGCCAGCCACAGCGUAUGAUGGGUCCCCUUUCACAAGCAUCAAGGUACAUAGGCCCACAAAAUUUCUACCAGGUUAAAGACAUUCGGAGACCAGAAAGGCGCCAUAGUGACCCUUGGGGUAGGCAAGACCAACAGCAACUGGAUAGACCGUUUAACAGGGGUAAAGGGGAUCGUCAGAGAUUUUAUAGUGAUUCCCACCACCUGAAAAGGGAGCGCCAUGACAAAGAGUGGGAGCAGGAAUCUGAGAGGCAUAGACGCAGAGACAGAGCCCAGGACAAGGACAGAGACAGAAAAAGCAGGGAGGAAGGGCAUAAAGAUAAAGAGAGGGCACGGUUGUCACAUGGGGAUCGAGGAGCAGACGGAAGAGCAAGCAGGGAGAGCAGGAGCGUAGACAAGAAGCCGGACAAGCCUAAAAGUGAAGACCAGGAGAAGGACAAAGAGCGAGAGAAGAGUAAGCAUAGAGAAGGAGAAAAGGACAGAGACAGGCACCACAAAGAUAGGGACCACGCCGACAGAGCUAAGAGCAAAAGGUAAAGGUCGCAGGCUGCUUCGAGAUCACGUUUAAGUAACUGUUGAGUGUUAUCCUAAAAACUUCAUGAUUGCCUGCUAGGAUUGUGCCAUCUUUUAAAUUUUUAAUAUUGGUGGUUUGCAGAACAGUCAACUCUGUGUGUGGUGCAGCGUGCUCUGUACCAGUGCUCACCAUCCCUUCAUAUCAACUGUCCCUAGUUAUAGCAGUUUAAUAUUUUUAAAAGUUUUACAUUGCUGUAUAUUCAAAGAUUUGUUUUAUUAAUAUGCAAUAAAGGCUUAGAAAUUUUAGUUUUAUUCCUAAAUUGGUAAAAAUGGUUAACUAUGGAGUAUAUUUACUGCCUCUAGUGAAUGUCCUUUAUAUAAUGACUAAUUCGAGAGUAAUGUGUACUCUGUAAGUUUGUUUUCAGUUGCACUGUUUUUAAAGAAAUGGUAGAGGAGCAGCAGAAAGCCAAGCAACUUCAUAAUCAGAUUAUAUUAAUCAUUUAGUGGAGCAGUUUUUGACCAGGAAUCGGAGCCCGAGGAGUCCGUGUAUUGCUUUAGUCUGCACUUGUUGAAGGCAUCUGUUAUCGCACUACAGCUUCGUGGUAGCCCACUAUUUUCUUUUCCAUUUUUGGCUCUUCAGAAACUUGAAUACUUAAGCUUGUACAUGAUCUUGUGUUUUGCUAUCCUUUUUACUGUAAAAUGUACAUAUUUUAAGGGAUAUUUUGAUUCUAAAUAUGAUAAAAGAAUUUCUCACCUAUUUUGUGUGUGUGCUUUGAAAUUCAGUCGUAGAAGAAUUUCUUCUUUACGGCUUUACUUACGUUCAGACAUUGUCUUCCCCUUACUCAGCCAAGAAUAUACAGGCUAAGUAAGAUGAGGGGAAGAACUCUUUAUCUUAGAUUAUAGGCUAUUGAGAUAAAUUGUGUAGUUCUGAAGAGACUAGAAUUUAGAACUAUCACUGGAAAAACUGUGCAGCUCUAUAACCCACUUUAUAGGUAUGUUUCUGAAAAUUGGUGCACCAUCAGAAUUUGGUAUACUGACUAAUCAUUGUAUGAGCACAGAGCUUUUAAGAAAAACGUUUUGUGAAUCUUUUUGUAAAAUGUGUCAUUAACCCUAACUUGUUUUGGGGGGUAACUACAGUUUCGUAUACAAGUUUUACUUUAAAGCACAUGAGACCAUUGUUAACCCAAAUCUAAAUUUAUUUGCACCUGAAACUACUUACUGUAUUGAUCGCUAUAAUAUAAAGCAGUAGCUACCAAAUGAUAACAAACACUUGGGACCAAAGAGGGAGAAACCAAUAUUUUUACUUCCCUGUGUUAAUGAAAAAUAUAACUGACUUCACAAAAUUAAGAAGAUAAAACGUGUUUGUUUUCCUAAACAGUUGACAGAUCAGAGUUAAAAAUAGGUUUUGAAACUGAAUCAGCCUUGCUGUUCUUACUGGAGAGAGAACCAGUGGAAAUUCAACACUAAUCAUUUUGUCUAAUUUACAGCAACUUGAAACCCCUUUUGUGGUCAUCCUGAUCCUCUGAAAUUUAUCAUCAAAUAAGUUCUGAAACAGAGGAUUUGUAUUCAAAUAAAGUUUGUUUAAAUUUGCUCUA